GCUCUGAUCUGCAGCUAGCUAAAAAGUCUGCACACACAGACUAGACUAGGGUUCGGCGCGCGCUCUGUCUCAUCAUCAGUGCAGGGCAAGCAGCUGUUGAGUCAAUGGACGUGUAAUGAGCGCCCAUUCAUGCCAUUAAAAGCAAAGAAAGAACCCCCUUUGAGCAUUGGAGGAGGCCGAUAGACGGACAAGUACACAUAGUAUUACCAAAGAUCGUAUUGGUAUUAAAACAUACUGUACUGUGGAAGUUACAAUUCAACUUAAAACAUUCGCUGAAUCGCCAGUUCCAUCAGAAAGAUUUGCGGAGUUGUAAAAGGAUGAGUCAGUGAUCGCCAAAGCAAUCCCUACACAUCACAAGAAUGGCUCAUCUAGCGAGGCUAGGGUCAAUCUUAAAGAACCAAGUGGGACCUCAGCUUGGCCUCUUGAAGCUCAGGCCAUUGUCAACAUCAGCAUCUGUAUGGGGCAGCUAUGAGAAGCCAAGGGCUGCCUACUUAGUCCUUAAUGAUGGCAGCAAAUUCAAAGGGUACUCCUUCGGCCAUGAAACAUCAGUUUCCGGGGAAAUGGUUUUCAACACUGGAUUGGUCGGGUAUCCAGAAUCUAUGACUGACCCCAGCUACAGAGGUCAAAUACUGACCCUGACCUAUCCCCUCGUCGGCAACUACGGUGUACCAGACACAGAUAUUGAGGAUGCAAACGGGCUCCGGCUAUUUGCAGAGUCCGAGAAGAUACAAGUCACUGGACUCCUGGUUCAAGAUUACUCCAAGAGGCCGAGUCACUGGGCGUCCGUGAAGUCACUGUCUCAGUGGUUGAAGCAGGAGGGUGUGCCUGCAUUGUAUGGCAUCGAUACACGGAUGCUCACUAAGAAAAUCAGAGAUGAGGGUACAAUCCUGGGCAAGAUUGAAUUUGACGAUCAGCCGAUUGAGUUUGUGGAUCCUAAUCUUAGGAAUCUCAUGGCGGAGGUUUCAACCAUCGAUACUCAAGUCUUCGGCAAAGGGAAUCCGUACAAGGUUAUCGCCGUGGACUAUGGCAUCAAGAACAAUAUCAUCCGCAGUUUGGUUAAGAGAGGAGCAGAGGUGCACUUGGUUCCAUGGAACUACGAUAUAUCCCAGGACACAUAUGAUGGGCUUUUCUUAUCCAACGGACCCGGUGAUCCCGCCCUCGCAUACGAAGCCAUUGCUAAUCUUAAAAAGGUCAUAGACGAGGACAAUCCAAAGCCGGUAUUUGGGAUCUGUAUGGGCAACCAGUUGACUGCAUUAGCAGCGGGAGCAAAUUCUUAUAAACUAGCCCUUGGUAAUCGAGGACACAAUCAGCCGGUGUUGAACAUGAUCAACGGGCAGGCCUUCAUCACGUCGCAGAAUCACGGCUAUGCCAUUGACGAGAAGACUCUACCCAAGGAAUGGAAGCCAAUCUUUGUCAAUGCAAAUGACCAAAGUAACGAGGGCAUUAUGCAUGAGUCGAAGCCUAUAUUCACUGCGCAGUUUCAUCCAGAACACAAAGGAGGUCCUACAGAUACAGAGUUUUUGUUUGAUACGUUCAUGGAGCUUGUUCGGACUGGUCAAAGUGACAUCAAAUCUGCCAUUAGUCCAUCGUUCCCAGUGCCACAAAGAUUGAAGGUAUCUAAGGUAUUGGUUCUAGGCUCUGGGGGCUUAUCCAUUGGACAAGCUGGGGAGUUUGACUACGCUGGUUCUCAGGCCAUCAAAGCUCUAAAGGAAGAACAUAUCCAAACCGUUUUGAUGAAUCCAAACAUUGCGUCCGUCCAGACCAACGAGUACGGAGAGAAACAGGCAGACAAUGUCUACUUCGUUCCUAUCACUCCAGAGUACGUCAUCGACGUGAUCAAACGAGAGAAACCGGACGGGAUCUUGCUGUCCAUGGGAGGUCAGACAGCGCUCAAUUGCGGCGUGGAGUUAUAUAAGCAAGGAAUCUUUGAGGAGUACGGUGUCAAGGUUCUAGGGACUCCAAUCGAGUCCGUCAUGGCAACGGAGGACAGGCAGACAUUCAACGACAAAUUGAAGGAGAUCGGGGAGAAGAUUGCACCCAGUGUAGCCGUGGAAACGGUUGAAGGGGCUUUAGAGGCUGCUGAGAAAAUCUCCUAUCCAGUCAUGGUGAGGGCGGCGUAUGCUCUAGGUGGACUGGGGUCAGGGGUUGCUGAAAACAAGGAGAAACUCACUCAGAUUGCUACUCAGGCUCUUGCUUUAUCAACUCAACUACUGAUUGAGAAAUCACUGCUGGGGUGGAAGGAGGUUGAGUACGAGGUUGUCAGGGAUGCAGCUAAUAACUGUGUCACAGUCUGCAACAUGGAGAACUUUGAUCCGCUAGGUGUACAUACAGGUGACUCCAUUGUGGUAGCUCCCAGUCAGACAUUAUCCAAUCAGGAAUACCACAUGCUACGAGAGACUGCGCUGAAGGUUGUACGUCACCUCGGCAUUGUAGGGGAGUGUAAUAUUCAAUAUGCCCUUCACCCAGCCUCGUUGGAGUACUGCAUUAUUGAAGUCAACGCUAGGCUGUCUCGUAGCUCUGCCUUGGCUUCAAAGGCAACAGGGUAUCCAUUGGCAUUCAUAGCAGCCAAGUUAGCAUUAGGGAUACCGCUGCCCGAGAUACGCAAUUCGACCACCGAGUCGACCACUGCGUGUUUCGAGCCCAGUCUGGACUACAUCGUCACUAAGAUCCCUCGUUGGGAUCUGGAUCGAUUCCAUGAGACGUCUAACACCAUCGGUAGCGGGAUGAAGAGUGUGGGAGAGGUCAUGGCAAUCGGUCGGACAUUUGAGGAGAGUUUUCAGAAAGCACUACGGAUGACACAUCCCUCCAUCGACGGUUUCUCCCCAACCAUGCCGCUGGGAAAAUCUUUCCCUACGAACUUGGAGGAAGAGAUGAGAGUUCCCUCUAGCCAUAGAGUUCACAUCAUUGCCAAGGCUCUUCAUGACGGCUAUACAGUAGAUGAGAUUCAUGAUUUGACGGCCAUUGAUAAAUGGUUCCUUCACAAACUCAAACGAGUCACCGAUAUUGAUGUGAGGUUAAAAAAACUGGACCAGCAAACCAUUUCUUCUGAGACGCUCUUGAAUGCCAAGAAAGCCGGUUUCUCCGACCUGCAAAUCGGAAACAGACUGAAUAUCGACGAGACAGACGUCCGAGAUCUGCGGCAACAGCAUGACGUCAAACCUUGGGUGAAACAGAUUGACACAAUGGCCGCGGAAUACCCAGCCAGAACCAACUACCUGUAUUGCUCAUACAACGGAAUGGAACAUGACGUCAACUUCAACGACAGGAGCACAAUGGUGCUUGGAUGUGGACCAUACCAUAUAGGAAGUAGUGUGGAGUUUGACUGGUGUGCAGUAUCCUGCAUCCGUUCCCUAAGGGACAUGGGGCACAAGACCAUAGUAGUCAACCACAACCCUGAGACUGUCAGCACAGACUUUGACGAGUGCGAUAGGUUGUACUUUGAGGAACUGUCCAGAGAAAGGGUGCUAGACAUCUACAAUCAAGAGCAAAGUAGCGGGGUCAUCGUAUCAGUAGGAGGUCAGAUUCCGAACAAUCUAGCCCUCCCUCUCUACAACGACGGAGUCAACAUCUUAGGCACCAGCCCCUUAAUGAUCAAUGCAGCAGAAGAGAGGUCAAUCUUUUCAGCCAUCAUGGAUGAGAUUAAUGUUGAUCAGGCGCCAUGGAGGGCACUCUCCUCAUUGGAUGAAGCCCUUGAAUUUGCUGCAAGUGUUGGCUACCCAUGUUUACUACGACCGUCUUUCGUCUUGAGUGGGUCAGCAAUGAAUGUUGCUUAUGGUCCGGAGGAUCUAAAGAGCUUCCUGGCUGCAGCUGCGAGGGUAUCUCAGGAACAUCCUGUCGUCAUCACAAAGUUUGUUGAGAAUGCCCGGGAAAUUGAGAUGGACGCCGUGGCUCAAGACGGAAAGGUUGUUGCUCAUGCCAUUACGGAGCAUGUAGAGAACGCUGGGGUACAUUCCGGUGAUGCUACUCUCAUUCUACCACCUCAGACCAUCAGCAAAGAAGUUAUCAAAAAGAUCAAGGAUGCAACAGCUAAGAUAGCCAAGAAGUUCAACAUCUCUGGACCAUUCAACAGUCAGUUCUUGGCCAAGGAUAACGAAAUCAUGGUAAUCGAGUGCAAUCUACGAGCCUCGCGGUCUUUCCCAUUCGUCUCCAAAACCAUCAACUGUGACUUCAUCGAUGUAGCAACAAAGGUCAUGCUGAAGGAGCCAUUCGACCCUAAUAUGCUGCCCUCGCUUGACAAUCCAUUUAUCCCGCAGGGCUAUGUCGGCAUUAAGGCACCCAUGUUUUCUUGGCCACGUCUCAGGGAUGCAGAUCCGUUGCUGAGGUGUGAGAUGGCUUCGACAGGGGAGGUUGCGUGUUUUGGACCCACUGUAAACGCAGCAUUCCUGAAGGCUCUUCUUUCAACAGGCUUCAAGCUUCCCAAACAGAACAUCCUGAUCGGGAUGCAGAAGAAAUUCCAACCGGUCAUUUUGCCAACAGUCCAUAAAUUUCACCGGAUGGGUUACAAGUUGUUCGCCACAGAGAAGACGGCGGAGUAUUUGAACGAUCAUAAUAUCAAAGCGGAGGUCGUGGCUUGGCCUCUUGCUGAUCAACACGAGAAAACAGACGCUCCAUCGGCAAUCAAGUUGAUCCAGAGUAAGGAGAUUGAUUUAGUUAUCAAUCUACCGAAUAACAACACUCGCUACACCCAAGACAACUACCUGAUCAGACGAUGUGCCAUUGAUUCAGGGGUUCCCCUCAUGACAAACUUUGAGGUGGUGAAGCUCUUUGCAGAGGCAUUAAAAGAUGUUGGGAAGCUGGACGCAACGACCCUGUUUCACUUCAAGAAGCCGAGGCACUCUGCCAAGCACUGAAACCCGAAUGGAACUAGAGGUUCCUGUAACAGCACUCAGUGCUUCAACAGGGCUUUGUUGGCAGCGCUGUUCAUUUACUUUUCCGAUCACAGUCUUAUGUAGAGUGGUGCUUGGGUGUCUUCCCGGUCACACGUUAAACAAUUGUAAGUAAGCAAAUUGGCAACCCUGGUUUGUAAAUUUAUAGCAAACAUGGGCGCCUUAUUUCAACACACAUCAGGCGACCGCUUUCUGCAGGUGCCCAUAUGUUACACAGUUAUCACUGUCAUACUGCAACAACCAAUAUUCCAGCAAUUAUUGCUCAAGUGUCAUUCGGGAUUUUGUCCCGGUGUGUGCGUGUUUCCCCACUAUGGUAAAUUAACAUAGGCUGAAGGAAGUCGAUUUAAAAGACGACGCGAACAAUUGUAUGAAUUUUCUAAACAAUUCACUGUUUUGAGCACACAGAGGGGGGGGGGGGGAGUAUUCUCCGACCACACAUGCCACACUGACAACCAUUGCUCCAUGUCUACCAGUGCAAUUAUUUUCCAAGCAAGCAGUGACAUCAACUGAUGUAUUGGAAUGUUUUUUAGGUUUGCUUUUACUUUCUGGAAGAUACCCGAUACUGACGGUUAGGUUUAUGUUUUAAAGCAUUAUGUGGGGAAGAAUAUUAAUGUGGUUUCAAACAAAAAUAACCUUGAAUUUAUUUUCCACUUUUUAUUUGAAGAAUUAUAGAGGCUUAAACUGAAUACUUAGAAUCCCUGAAAAAAGCAGUGAAGAGGGAUGAUCUCAUAUUAACCCUUAGAAAUAUGGUCUUUGCAAUUGAGCCAAUUGCUCUAGAUUCUAAAUGGUCUUUGGUCAUAGUUAAAUGCUGAAAUGUCAAAUAUCUUUAUAAAAGAUUUGUUUUUGUGUUUGUGGUAAACAGGGUUUAUAAUUAUAAUGAUGUUUUAACAUGGAUAGAAAUGAAUUUACUCUUUCAAAAGAAUAAUGAUGCAAUAUUCAUUGACAGUAAACAAGAAAUUGUGGAUAGAUAAUUUACCCUAUGUGACAUGAAAAGGAGACAGUGUUCAUGCUGCUGCUGUGCAAUAUGUACUCAUACAAAUGUAUUUUUUACAUCACUCAGAAACCAAACGAGUGCAAAAGAGUGUGAAUGCACACAGCACCAUAAUUUACAUUUCUUCAGGGGUAAAAUCUUAAAUGAGGCAUUGAUUUGGGUGUCAGUAGAAGUUAACACGAUUCUUUAAAAAAUUCAGUUGUGGAGGACUUUAUUUAUCUUUCAAAAAGAUUCGCUCUCUUUAAAAAAAGGAAGUUACAAAAUGUUCAUUCAUGGACUGAGUUAUUUCUUGAAGGUAAUUUAUCAUCAGAUGUAGUACUCCUUUUUCCGAUAACAAUUAUUUAAACUAGUCAUAAAUAGUUAGAGUUUCGACAUGUGCAUUGUAGAAACUCUUAACUUGCACACUAUACAUGUAUAACAAAGUCAUGUGAUUCUGUCAAGGCUCUGUUUGUGUGUUGUUGUCUUUCUAUCAUGCAAUUGUUUAUAUUUUGGUUGAACUUUAACUUUAGUCACUUUGAAAAUGAAAUAAAAUGCAGCUAUUCCUGUACACCAAACCUGGCCUACUGCCAAAUCAAGGUUUGGUAAGAAAUCCGAAUUCAACAUUUCAUGCUUUAAGUACGCACAAGUCGUGACAAUGAGCUAUCACCAUGGUAAUCCCAUGUUAAAAUUUUCCAUGGUACUUCAAAGACAGGACUGAAUUAUCUCCAAGCUUUCAUGUUAUUAUUCAUUGGAGGGGAAGUGUCUUUAAUGCUUUAUUCACUUUUCUUUGACGGGAGAUAUUUUGUAAGCUGAAGAAGACAGUUUUAUAUUUCCUGUCCACAAUGAAUUGACGAGGUAUUUAUACUUUUGACAUGGUUUAUGAUAAUUCUUCAGGCGUUUUGCAGACAGUUAGGAAUAGCAGAAAAUGUGCGCCAUUUUUGUUGCUCUUAUGAGUAGGCAAUUUUGUUCAUUGAAGCUAAUUUUUUACAACUGAGUAUUUUAUUUUGUUCAUUUCGUGAUUACUAUUUUUUGUUUAAACUUAAAGUGGAAAUUGAAAGUUACAUGCUUGGAAUCUGAAGGAGUUGUUAAAAUGAAAUAAUAUGGAUUUGUUUGUUAGGGUAUUUGUUUGUUUUUGUUUGUUUGCCUUGCAGUGUUAAUUAAAUCUUGCAUUUUGUUUAAAUCUCAGUUUAUUAAUGAAUUGUAUCUUCAGUACUUUGUAUUCGUGUAUGCAUCUUGAAAUGACAAUUGACAAGAUGUAGAGCAUUCACUGUGCACUAAAAAUGAUUCUUGCUAAGCUAAUAUUCUAAAAAAGAUGUCUGGCAUUAGGGAAAUCAAGAGCAACUUUACAUUUAAGAGGAAGAUAAAAAUGGAAACCCAAUUCACAAGCAUAAGACUAAAUUUGAGCAUGUGACGAUGUUUAACUUAAUAUAUUCCCAAGAAGCACUCGGGGUAGUGCUGAAAAAGUAAUUUGUGAAAUGGAAGACCGUGUUUGAAAUGUAUUCAAUAUUUAGUUGUCAUGUUUGUCAAUGUUGAAAUAUACUGUAACAUAUGUUAGUAGGAAAAAAACAGUCCUGCCUGAAAAUAUCCAUUUCGAAAAAAUUCUAAAGUUUGGGAAGGACACGAGACGGACAAUCACGCCACAGAAUUGUCCAACCCCAAAACGAUUAAGUCGAAGGUUGUAUAAUUGAACAUUAACCAAAUAUCCUUGUAUUUUCUACUGAAAUAUUUGAGACUACGAAGACAAAAAAAACCUGGCAUAUAGAAAUAUAUUUUUGCAGUGUAGGCUAAGCUUUAAAUGAAGCAGGGUAUUCGUUUGUAAUUUGAAUUAGGAAUGCGCUGUACUCUUUGUGUAGUAUUUAGUGAGUAUAAGUCAUCAUGCAUUGUUACAACUGUAGACAAUGCGUAUUAUUACAAAAUUGUAGACGCCGGAAUUUAUGGAGAAUAAAAAUUCAAUCGGACAGCACUUCACUUCAAAAUUACUGUUUUUGAUG